AUUUUGAGAAAUGGAAGGAUGGAGGAACAACUACUAAUCACAUUGAUCUCUCUGUUUUUCUUUCCGGUCGUCAGUGUCCUGCUCUUGGUCAUCAUCCUAGCCUCACUGGGCAAGUCUCUUGGAAUAAGGAAGCGAUAUGUGCAGUUCUUACUCCGUGUUUUCGAGUUUGGGCGGGUGAAGAUAGCUCACUACAAGUCCACUCAAGCAGAGGAGGAGGAGGAAAAGUUGGAUGAUGAAGUCAUUGUGGAUAAUUCAAGUGUCAAUGAAAAUGGACAGACAAACUUAAUCAAAAGGGACAUUACCUUAUCAGCAACCCAAGGAUUUAUUAUUCCUGACAGUUACAUCCCAAGUGUGGAUGAAAUCAAGAAGGAGUUCCAUCUUGCAGAUACAAUGUACUUCGCAAAAUGUGGCAUGGAGGCUAUCAUUGAAGAUGAGGUAACAAAGCGUUUUUCGGCAGAAGAAUUGAACUCAUGGAAUUUGUUAUCCAGAUCCAACAUAUCAGGGUACCAUUUCAUAAGUUUCCGACUGACCUUUUUGUGGUGUGUUGGAUUUUUAGUUCGAUAUUUUGUCCUGUUUCCUUUUAGAUUGAUCAUAGCAGUGCUAGGCGUGGGAUGGCUCAUCAUAUGUACAGCAUUUAUCGGCUAUCUACCUGAAGGAAGAUCGAAGAGGGCAUUAAAUGAAUAUGUAAUGCUCAUGUGCUUCCGGAUUUUAGCCCGAGCCUGUUCAGCCAUCAUUACAUUUCAUGAUGAAGGCAAUCGGUCCAGGAAUGGUAUCUGUGUUGCCAAUCACACCUCCCCCAUCGAUGUCAUCAUUAUGUCAGUGGAUAAUUGCUAUGCUAUGAUUGGCCAGUCACAAGGAGGCUUGCUGGGAAUCCUACAGCGAGCAAUGGCCAGAGCCACAGCACAUAUCUGGUUUGAGAGGUCUGAAGCUAAAGACAGAAAUUUAGUUGUUAACAGGUUACGAGAACAUGUACAGGAUAAAGAUAAACUCCCUAUCUUAAUAUUUCCAGAAGGUACUUGCAUUAAUAACACUUCUGUUAUGAUGUUUAAAAAGGGAAGCUUUGAAGUUGGAACAACAAUAUACCCAGUAGCUAUAAAAUAUGACCCCAGGUUCGGGGAUGCUUUCUGGAACAGCAGCAAGCAAGGGAUGGUGGCACACCUGAUAAGCAUCAUGACCAGCUGGGCUCUGGUUUGUGAUGUGUGGUAUCUGCCACCCAUGUCCAGAAAAGAAAACGAACUUGCAGUUGAUUUUGCAAACAGGGUUAAGUCAGAAAUAGCAAGCAAAGGAGGAUUAGUAGAUUUAGAAUGGGAUGGUCAGCUAAAGAGGGUGAGGGCCAAAGCAUCAUGGAGGGAAAAACAACAAGAAAACUACAGUAAACUGCUGAAAGUGGAGUGAAGACUAGGCUGGAGAUGACAUGAACGUAUAGAUGUGUGUUUGUGUGUGUGUGUGUGUGUGUGCAUGUAACAAGCUGAAUUUACAGGUCUGACAAGCUGCGACUUGUAGAAGAGGUAUCUUGUCUAAAUAUCCCCUAAAUAUGGCAAUGUCACUUUAAUAUCUUUUAUAUCCAAUGAUUAUAAAUCAGCGAAACGAGUUGCAAUAGUGUUGAAAUGAGAUCCUAGACUAUAAUGUUACUUCCUACUUAGAUUUUGCACUGUGACUGAUCAGAAGCUCACAAUGUCAACGUAUGUUGACAAGAAGAUGGAAUUUGAUUUGAGAAGGUCAGGGUAAUGAUUUGAUACCUGGGUGGUACAUACUUCUGUACACCCAGUUGUGUGAGAAAUGUUUGAGUAUGAAAGUACUGUAUCACAAAAAUAUCGGUAACAUUUGUAUUUGAAAAACAAAGUAUUUCAACUGGUAAACUGAACAUAAAAUAUCUUUGAUAACCCGCUAUAUGACACGAGAUUUCAGCCCACAUGUUCAUAUGAGUCUGUGGUUUCGUACAAAGGUUGUACUGCCUCACAUUCCAGACUUUCUGUUUAUCAAGAUAUAUCUUAUGUAUAAUGCUCUGAGCUGAUUGGUUAUUUGUAUGUAUACACUGUCAUGUGUGUAUAAAUGUUUAUCACUUAUCGAGCAGUAGCACAGCUCCUCAAAAGCAGUUUACAUUUCCUGACAACAAUAUGCUACAGGGAAAUUUCCAAAUACUCUAGAAAGUAGAAAUGCAGGUAGAAAAUGAUAUUAGUGUCUUUUGUUCUGGACUUGAUAUGUUAUUAUGUCUUUGUUCAGUUUACUGGUAGGAUUCUCUUAAAAAUAGCUUUGUUAACACCAUACAUGUUUGUUUUGACUUGUCGUUACUGAUAAUGUAUGCUGGAAAUAGCUGCUUAUAGAAAUCCCUAUUAUAUCUAUAAUUUCCUACAUGGUCCUGAAGCAGCUGUGAAAACUACCUCCACACAACUAUAGUCCCAAGUAGGCAAUAACAGAAAUCCCGAUCAAGUGGCUUGAGUUCUUUAUAAGGAUUAAGUCCAUUUCUGGUGUCCCCUGCCGUGAUAUUGCUGGAAUAUUGCUAAAAGCGGCGUAAAAAUAAACUAACUCACUCACUCUUUAUAAGGAAGCAAAUUGAUUCUGGAAACUCCAGACUUUAAAGAACCACUAAACUUUGUUUUUUGUUACUCUUUUAACCAUUACAUAUGAAAGAUUUGUGG